AGGCAACCAACCCCCGACAUAUCGACAGCACACGACCACCCGGCGUUGCAACCUGCAUACACAUCUAGCUGCGUGCGCCUUUGCGACUCUCCGACACACCCAUACACACACUAUAUACGUAUCAUGAAGAUACCCGCUGCGGUGCACCCUGCCAAUCAUUUCCACGUGCAAUGCCUACUCCUGCAGGCCGGCCUGUGCGCCGACGAGGGCCUCUACGCUCCUCGGCGAGGUCAACGCCGGGAGUUGUACCGUCUGGCUCACGCCCUGGCCCUCUCACGAGUGGCGCUGGAGGAGUGCUCGCUGGAACCUCGCCGUCAGCCGCAGCGGCAUGAGCCACAACUCCACGAUCCUCGAGAUGCUCCCCAACCGCGGCAGCAGACGCAGCAGGACAGCGAUGUUCAUACUAAUCAAACGACGAUGAAGCCCGUGCACGGCGCGCAACGACGAACAAUCACGCAGCUGCUCAGUGGGCUGUCCGACCGUCUCCCUCCUCUUCCACAGCAGAACACUUCAGAAUCCACUGGAAGCGGUCAAUCAGCACCCGCAUCAUCGUCAACGUCAUCGUCGUUGCGCUCUUCGAUUUCACAAGCCGCUCAUGUCUCCGCGUUGUUGUCUUCCAUGGGCGACGUGGCUUUCACCCCACCCCAUCGCCUGGUGCCCCUCUACGCACCUCGCACCCUCCUCCCACCCAUCCCCUUCUACCCCUUUCAUGAUGAUGUGACGUACGACGCUGCCGUGCAUCACGCGUCACUGCUGUCCAAGCUACUCGGCCCCUACGGGUUUGAGGUGGCGCUGACCGGGGCCAUGCGCCGUGGCUGCCCGGUGGCGACGCACGCCGACUACUUGAUCUCGCUGACGGAGGAGGCGACGCGUGCGGUGGAGUCGGUGCAGGCGAUGCGUGCCACGGGCGACACAAGCGUCUCACAGCAGCAGCAGGAAGAGGAGGAAGAAGAGGCACAAGAAGAGCGGCCGCCCCGGUCGUGGAGCGCGAAGAAGCAAGAGCGCACGUCGGCCGCCUCGCCGGUGGCACACAAAUCGGCUGCCGUCUCUCGCAGGGUAACCGGGGCGUUGCAUCGGGAUGCGUUGACCAUCCCCAUCCCGGCCCCCGCCCCCCACGCCAGCACCGCCACCGCCGCGGCUUCUUCUGCAGAAACGCUGAAUGUCAAUGGGAGGGCAGGUGAUGACGCCAUGGGCGAUGUCCACGCCGCCCCACAACGGCGGCGCCCAGGUGAAGAGCACGCGGCACCAAGGAAGCAGCUCUGCAGUUGCGUGACGGCCUUUGCGGCGUCCGAUGUGGUCAGCCCGCAGGUUGCGCACCGCACCCAACGCGCGAUCCAGCAGCUGGUGCAGUGCGGCUACAUCGUUGCUGGACAGCUCCCGCUGCUGACUCCUGCCUUCUUGUGCCGUCGGCAGCCGGUUGCCGUGUCGGUGCGCUACGACACACGGUGUCCGACGCAGGUGCCUCCGAUCGAAUGCACUGAUCCACACGUGCUGGCGCGUCUCGAGCUGCAUCGAGUGAAUUUGCUCUUCAGCCCAUGUCACGCACGCGCCACACGACAUCUGUUCUUGACGGGUCCGCCGGCGUUCACCGCGCACGUCACGCUGCAGGCGCUGGCGCGCGGCGUGGACCUGAACAUGAACGGAGCGUUCGAGUGCGUCGCCUCGCAACGGAGCGUCAGCCCGCACCACGACAGCCCGGCUGCUGCGACGACGUUGAACACAGCUGGUGAACCAGUGCUCACAGAAGAUGCCGUGAAGAGGCCGGGUGCAGACUCGCCGGCGAUGGAGCCUGCAUCGCCGCUGCAUCGAGAGGUGGUAGAGCAGCUGCUGCUGAGCAGCGAAGAGGACGUCUUCGCGGUGGCCGGGAUGCCGGUGGUUGAUCCGCUUCUGCGCGGUGUGUAUUGCCAGAUGCAUCACCUUGAGUAA